UGGCUAUGCAGCCGUCUUUAGCUUCUGCUUGUUUGUGGAUCUUUGUGGUGGCUUUGUCAGUUUUGUCUUCAACUAAAAACACACUUGAGAAAUUCGUGAGUUGUUGUUGGUUGGUUUGGGUCAUUAUCCAUUCACACUGUGAUGUUCUGUCUGAUCAGGUGUAAAACAGUAAUAGAAAAAUAUAUGUACAGUCAGCCUAGAUAUUUAUAGCAGCUCAUGUGCAAUCCACUGAAUGGAUUGGGAUGUCCAAAAGAUCAUGGGGAGCUUGUGUGUCUCAGCUGUUUAGUGCAAUUGGACAGUGCGUCCUCGCUGGUAUGAUCUAUGGCAUCCGAAACUGGAGACUGGCUCAGCUGAUCACAGCAGUUCCGCUUGCAGUUCUUAUGAUCUACAUAUGGUUUAUUCCAGAGUCAGCCAGGUGGCUGUUAAGCAGAGGCAGAAAAGAAGAAGCCAAACAGCUGAUUGUCAAAGCAGCAGCCAUUAACAAACACCCUGUGUCAGAGUCUCUUCUGGACAAGAUUGAAGUGAAUAACACUGUGAAUAAUGGAGGAAUAAAAAUCAUCUUCAGAUCAUCACUGCUGACCAGAUAUUUCUUUAUUAUAAUACUAUCAUGGUUUUCAGUGAACCUUUCCAUCUACAGUUUGUACUUAGAUAUGGAAAACUUUGGUUUGAGCAUCUUUUUAAUUCAACUCCUUUUUGGUGUUUUUUCAAUACCCUCUGUUUUACUCUCCAUGUGGCUGCUGGAGAUUUUUGGUAGGAAAAUAUUAUUCAUAGCAACCCUUCUGAUCGGAGGAGUCUCUUCCAUUCUUAUCCUUGCUGUUCCUGAUGGUUACGCCAUUGCUGUCACAUGUUUAGCUGUUGCGUCUAAAUUUUUCUUGAUGUGGGCUGGCUCUAUUUGUAUGGUCUUUAUGCAGGAGUUGUUUCCAACAUCAGUUAGACCAACAGCCACAGCUUUGGGAUCCAUAUCAGCAAGACUAGGUGGAUUGCUGGCUCCACUGCUGAACUUGUUGGCCACGUAUCACUGGGUCAUACCCAUCACAGUCUUCAGCUGCCUUACGUUGAUAGGUGGAUUUCUCGGCUUCUUGCUUCCCGAAACCAAAAGAAAAGAGCUUCCUGAGACGGCUGAAGAGGCUGAGCGCAAUGGACAAGUUAGCUCCACAAGAAGAACAACUACCAGUCCACAUUCGUAUACAACCAAGAUGUAGAUGUUUUUGUACUGACUUUGUCUUGUAUUGAGUUUUUAACUCUUUCUACAAAUAUACCAAAAUAAUUAUGAUAUGUUUGGAAUUCAAAUAUUUGGGGAUUCUAACACAGGAAACUUCAAAAAGACAGGACACAGACGGAUAAGAGAAAUUACUAAAUCAGAGAAGGAACUAAGAAUUAGAAACAUGGAUAACUAAACUAGGGUCUGAGAUUAUGAUGUGAGAUCAUGAAAGAAAUUAUUUUGUGCUUUGUAGAGCAUCACUGCACUGUCGAGAUCAUCGAUAUCCUCAAAUUUGAAGACACAUAUUCUACUAAUUAAUCCAUGGUUCAUAAUAAUCGGAUCCCUUUAUAGUUCCUAGAUCUUUCUUCUGCAGCAGAUAAACUGUAUUAGUAUUUGCUUUGUAUGUUUCUCCAUACCUCCACAGAGUUGUAUUGUAUCGACCAACUGUGAAACAAUACAGUUGUUGCAUUAAUGCUUUUUGAUUUAAGAGAUCUCUUAGUUUUAUAUAAUGCAAGCAUUUAGAUACAGUCUUAUAUGAGCUUUUUAACAAUUUGGCAUCAGUCUAUGGACUUACUUUUUUAUACCUUUAUUCAUCAUAAUUAUAAAUUAAUUUUUUCUAAGCACUACAUGUUUUGUAUGCUAUAAUUUAGUGAUAAAUUAUUGAUUUUCAAUCUUUUCUUUAAAGGCAUUGUUUCCAAACAGUUUAACAUUAAAUCCAAAAAUACCCUUCAGUGAAAGUAGAGUGUGAUGGCAACCAUCACUUGAGACUGGCACCUAAACUAUCUGGCAGGUUCGUGGAAAGUCAUAAUUUCAUUCUGAUGUAAUUAAAUCUAAAUAUAAAAAAGAUUUAACACCUGAUUUAAAUUUCAUGGGCUGCAUGUUAUAUAACACAAAUCCAGUCCUACCAUUACAUUCAGUUCAUAUUGGGUUGUGAAGCUGGUACUGUUGCUCAGAUUCACAUGUAUGUGAUUUCACGUUUCAC